AUGUGUACAUUCAAUGGUAUAUUGUCAGAAUAUCCAUGGAUUUCAAUUGAUUCAUUUCUUGAAGCAAAUUGUCAAGUAUCGCGAGUUUUCUUUGUUUCACACAUACAUACAGAUCAUCUCCGUGGUUUGGAUGAAUCAACAUUUUAUCAAUAUACCACAAAUAAUCCUUCUAUACGUAUAUAUUGUUCAGAAAGUUCAAGGCAUUUUCUCUCAAUAUUACCUGCCUAUAAACAUCUGUCAAAAUUUUAUUCAAUAAUAAAUGUGAAUCAACCAUUAACUAUACAAAAUCCCACUGAUAAAAAUGUUUCAUUAACAGUUACAUGUUUUGGUUCUGGUCAUUGUCCUGGUUCAUUGAUGCUACUUUUCGAAGGUUCUCAUGGUACUGUUUUAUAUACUGGUGAUUUUCGUCUUUAUUCUCAUCAGUCCAAUCGUCAUCGUAUUAUAUUAUCGAAGAAACCUAUCGAUACACUCUAUAUUGAUAUGACUUUUUUCGAGCCAUCUAUUCGACAAUUACCUCAACGUAAGCAAUCAUGUCAAAAGCUAAUUCAUUUAAUUGAGCAAUAUGAUAACAGAUAUUUUCAUCUUAAAACAUCUGCACGUGUCGGUUACGAAUAUAUUUAUACAUCAUUAUAUCAUCAUUUCGGAAUUUUGAUUCAUGUUAAUCAUGAACAAUAUCAUUUAUACGAUUGUUUACCACAAGUUCAACAAGCAUUAACAACUGAUGGAAGUAGAACAAGAAUUCAUGCAUGUUGGCCCAAUUGUUCACAUUCUAAAUUUUCAAUUAAAAUUGUUCUUUCGGUUCUUUGGUUUACUUUACAACAACAAUCGAAUUGUCCACUUAUUCGAAUUGCUACUGAUUAUUAUCGUCUUUGUUAUUCACUUCAUUCGUCGUAUAAUGAAAUAUGUACAUUCGUGAAACAAAUAUCUCCGAUUCGUAUUCAUCCAAUAGCUUUACCCAGUCAAUUAACAUCAGAACGAUUUAAUGAACUUAUUAAACAAUUAGGAAUCCAUCAAAAUCAAACGAAUUGCUUUGCAUCAAAUAAUAUCGUACAACAAAUUAAAAGACGUUAUCAAAUGACUGAAAAUACUGAUAUUGAUGAUGACGAUGAACUUGAUUUUGGUUUUCAUAAAAACCGAGACAACAAUGAAAAACAAUUAUAUAAACGAAUCAGUAAUUUACAACAGCCGUCAAAUAAAAAGUUGAAGAUUUGA